UUGGAAUUAAACAAUUGAUCGUGUUUGACCAUUAUUGUGCAGACGUAAACAAAAUUUCUCUCUGCUUGGACAUCUGUAAUUGGAUAUAAUGGAGCUUAUUGCAACGGUACACGUUGCGUUUAUCGUCUCAUUAUUAUUUUCAGUGAUUAAAUUGAUAACAUGCCAGGGACAAGUCCAGACCCCACCCACAGUGUCUGUUACAGAAGGUGAAACAGCUACGAUAAGUUGCCAAUUUGACCGUUCAGCAGAACUUGUUGGAUUGGAAUGGAAAAGAGGGGAAGAUGCGAAUAGUGCAGAUGAUCUUAUCAGAUUAUUCAAAGGAAGAAAAAUGCCUCCCAGUGAUCCUAGGUUUGAUAUGACUAGUGAUUAUGCUUUGACUAUUAAUGGGACUACCCUGGCAGACAACGGCAUUUAUUGGUGUCAGGUAACGUUGCUAGGUGUCUUCCAAUCAGCGACAAACCUCACAGUAUUACCAGGUAGGAUUUUUUUUAUAAUACAUAUAUGUCGGGGGUUAAAAACUCAAGUACCGGUAAUAUUUGGGGAGACUUGAAAUUAAAACUAAUAC